GUUGUUGUUGCCGUUGUUGUUGUUGUUGUGUCACUGUUACUGGCGUGUAUGUCAAACAAUGAAAAUAACGUAGAAACUUCACACGAAACAUAUUGCAAUUGAAAGAGCAUAGAAUGAUAACAUCGCUUUUUCCCAUCAAAAUAAUCGUGUGCAUAUUGUAGCGAUUUUGAGCUGGAAGCAAUCGUAAAAUCGACAUAUAAGAAGGCGCAUUCGCAAGGCUUUAAUUAAAUUUAGUUAGUUAAGCAGUUUUAUGUAUUGACCACCGGUGAAUUUUUAGUUUUUAAUUAUUGAUUUUCAAUUAGGCAAAGUGUUCGCGGUAUUCAUAGCAGAAAGGUGUACAAAAUCCAUUUACCAAAAGGAACCAUGAAUUGUAUAUCAUAAUUCAUUCAACUUUUGUUUGCACGUGAAAUUGUUUAUAUUUAAAAAGUGCAAUCUGAAUAGAGAACGAGUGGCGGAAGUCGAUUUUUUCGCAUUUAAAACAGUAUGGAAUUUGCCGAAUUGAUAGCGACACCAAAAUUGGAUGGCGUUAUUUUGCACACACAAACAAGUGAACCAGUCGAAGGGACGCUAUGUAUCACUGGUCAUCAUUUGAUAUUGAGUUCGCGUCGUGAAGGCGUUCAGGAAUUGUGGCUGCUACAUCAUGCAAUCGAUGUGGUUGAGCAAAAACAAACGAUGCCUCAACAGGGCGGUCUCAUCACACUCAAAUGCAAGGAUUUACGCAUUAUUUCACUGGAGAUAAAUCAGCAGCUAGAGUUUUUGAAUGUUGCCAAAUCAAUUGAACAGCUGUCCAAAUUGAACAGUCAACAGUAUUUAUAUCCGUUUUUCUAUCGACCCAUGUACACAAUCCUUGAAGAUGGAUACACAAUAUUUCGCUGUGAAUUGGAAUUUGCAAAAUUGUUGGCCACCGACGAAUGGCGUAUAACGCAUAUCAAUCGCGAUUUCUCGGUGUGUCCAACAUAUGGCGCAAAACUGGUCGUACCGAAAAGUAUCACCGACGAGGAAAUCAUACAGUCGGCCGCAUUUCGAGACGGUGGACGAUUUCCUGUCAUCAGUUAUCGCCAUGAUAAUGGAGCUUUUCUACUGAGGAGCGCACAACCGAGCAGUGCGGCAAAUAACAAACGAUGCCGAGCCGAUGAAGCAAUAUUAAAUGUGAUUUUAGGACGUAGCAAAAAAGGUUUCAUCGUCGAUACAUGGAGUAAGGGCAAAUCGAACAGUGAAACGGACCAGCAUUACAAUCAAUGGCGCAAAGUGACGCGGUCGAUUGGCAAUUUACCCCAUGUCUCUAAUAUACUACACAGUUUUUCGAAACUUAUUGAAGCAUGCAAUGACACAUCUUGUUCAACGGAUAAGUGGUUUGAUAGAUUGGAAAACUCAAAUUGGCUUACGCUCGUUUUGAAUUCACUGAAUGCCGCCUGUGUCGUUGCUCAAUGCUUGGAUCAAGAAGGUUCACCUUGCCUGGUACACGGUAGCAAAGGAAUGGAUUCCACACUCAUCGUCACCUCACUCGUCCAAAUAAUUUUGAAUCCAGACUGUCGCACAGUGCGAGGCAUUCAAGCUCUAAUCGAACGAGAAUGGAUUCAAGCUGGAUUUCCGUUUGCAACCCGUCACAAAUACUCCUGCUACACACCGUCACAAACUCGUCAAAAAACGUCGGCCUCAACCUUUGUGCUAUUCCUCGAUAGCGUCUACCAAUUGCACUGCCAAUUCCCAUUUAGCUUUGAAUUCAACACACAAAUGUUGAUUCUGCUGUACGAACAUAGCUUUUUCAGUUCGUACGGAACAUUCCUUGGUGAUUCGGAACGCGAACGACAAGCAAUCAAAUUGCACUCACGCACCACGAGCUUAUGGUCCUACUUAAAUCGGCCAGAUGUGCUGAAAUCACUGUUGAAUCCAAUGUACGAACCAAAUCAGGGUGUUAUUUGGCCAUCUGUUGCACCGAUUAGCUUGGAACUAUGGACUGAAUUGUAUCUGAGAUGGGUGAUCGAUCAAACGCAAACCAAAAACAUGUUUCACCAAAUUCAGGCGCUAAUCACGAGAGAAAAGGAAAUGCGAACCAAAGCGGUAAAACUUCGCAAUGAACUGAUCGCUUUGACCAAAGAAUACAAUGAAACCGUUGUUAAUGAAACUGAGAACAAUUAAGACGCUGGUCGUAAAGAAUUUAUCAAAGCAAAUAAAAUAUCAAGUACUAUUUUUAAAUAUUUACCGAGUUCCCAGAACACUAAGAAUUCCUAGAUCAUGAACAAAUUAGUCCCUCUGUUGUAAUUACAGAAUGAAAUGUAUACAUUUUUAUUAAGAGGCUAAAUUCUGCUGUCAAUUUAACAACAACAACAAAAGAAAAAUUAAUUCAAAAUAGAAAUAAAUUCAAUUCAAUUCAAUUUGA